AUGUCAUUGAGAAUAAAGGCGGUGGUGGACAAGUUCGUGCAGGAGCUGAAGGAAGCGUUGGAUGCAGAUAUACAGGACAGAAUCAUGAAGGAAAGAGAGAUGCAGAGUUACAUAGAAGAACGUGAACGCGAAGUCGCCGAGCGUGAAGCUGCUUGGAAGGCUGAGCUCUCUCGCCGCGAGGCAGAGAUUGCUCGGCAGGAAGCAAGGCUGAAGAUGGAGAAAGAAAAUCUUGAGAAAGAGAAAAGUGUUCUAAUGGGAACCGCAUCAAAUCAGGAUAAUCAAGAUGGAGCUCUAGAAAUCACUGUAAGUGGCGAGAAGUAUCGAUGCCUCAGAUUUGCAAAGGCAAAGAAAUGA